GCUUUCAAAAUGCUUUACUUAAAUAUCUUGGGAAUCCUUCUCCUUUUUGUGGCUGCUUCUGUGUCAGCUUUUGAUCGAGAGUUGGCCAACAAGCGAUUCUGUGAGUUUGAUAAAGAGGAAAACCGGCUUAUAAGGCUGCCAAAUCCUAACCAACGUCUGCAUCCUGAGCCAUGCUGGCGAUGUUCGUGGCUUAUGAAUUUGUUCAGACCCCCCCCACAGGGGAAAAUUUUCGAUUUGAAAGAAUAUUUCCGGGUCAAUCGUCAAGCUUUCACGCCUUUUGAGCGGCGUGUGAUACGUUUGUUACGUGAAUUGGGAUUAGUGAAAAGCGAAGCUGAAAAACUGAUUGAUACUUUGGAGAAGGACAAGGAAUUAGCCAGAAGGUUGAAAAGGUUACUGGACAAGGUUGACGAACAGCAUGAAACCGAGGACUUCCUUGAAGAAUUUUUCAAUCUAUUUUCUUGGAGGAAAUUGUAAGAGUUAUUUACAGGCACCAAAAUUAUUUUAACAAAUACAAAGCCAAAUAAAUAAUGUUCAUUAAUCGUA